GAUUGCCAUGAAAACGGAAAGCAAAGAGAGCGAGAGGGAGGAGAUAAUAUGAAAACACCCUCUGCUCCCGUUCCUCCUCACAAGUACCAUCCAACAUGAUCCAUGCAAUUGCAAUACCUCAGGUGCAGAGCGAGGGAGAGUGCGAGACACACACACACACACCACCGCCCCAUCACACAGAGGCGCGCGCGCCAUCGCCAUGCGCGUGCUCAACGACAGCCGCCCCACCGUCGCCCCCGACGCGUCGUCGGCGCCGCCGCUGCUCAUCACGCCAACGGCGGCGGCGGGGAUGGUCGGCGUGGUCCAGCUGCAGCCGGGCGCCGCCGGAGGGAGCGACGCUGGCUUCGACGCCGACAUGGUCGUCAUCCUCGCCGCGCUGCUCUGCGUCCUCGUCUGCGCCCUCGGCGUCAACUCCCUCGUCCACCACUUCGUGCUCAACUGCGGCCGCACCGUGGCCGCACCUGCACCACCACACGCUGCCGCUGCCGCUGCUCCGGCCACUGACAGUGACAGCACCGGGCUGAAGAAGAGGGAGCUGAGGAGGAUACCCGUGGUGCUGUACGAGGCCAAUAAGCAGCCCAGCGCGUCGUCGGGGACCGACGACGACGACGACUGCGCCAUCUGCCUCGGCGAGUUCGACGACGGCGAGGAGCUGCGCCUGCUCCCGGGCUGCCACCACGGCUUCCACGUGCAAUGCAUCGACGUGUGGCUGGUCAUGCACGCGUCUUGCCCGACGUGCCGGAACUCGCUCCUGGUCCACCAAGACCGUCACGCCGGCGCCGGCGACGGCGAGGCAGCAACGGUGGCAGGGGAAGAGGCAUAGUGCCGCGCGCAGAGGCUCGUUUAUGUUUUGCAGUUUCUCGUAGGGGCUACAGUGCAAAACAAGCCAUUUUGUUGCUAAAAUGUUUUGCUA